UAAAAUUAAUAAAAAGAAACAAUUUGACCCGUCAUAAUAUGGACCGGAUCUGGGUGAGGGUCUCACCGUAGAUCAGCAUAGGACCCGUCCCUACUAACUGAAUCCGACAUAAUUGAAGAUUAAAAAAGUGAUUACAACACUAAUCACAGUUCUAAUUGGAAACAGAGAGCCUAAUAAAAUUCAAAAAAAUUUCUCCACGCUCACCGUAUCAUUUCCCCGGGUUUUCGCCGGCACGUGACUCGGCCGUUCGUUUCUGUUCAACUGCCCCGUUAGCGGCCAACCAGCGGCCUCCGGUCACGUGGCCAUCCCUCAUGUUUGCUUUUUCUAGCUCCGCUAUGAGAAAACCUCAAUUUUUAGAUCUCUAAAUUCUGAAUCUGAAUCAAAUUUAGAUUUAGAUUUAAAUUUAAAUUUAAAUUUUUAUAAUUUUCGGUUUAGAGCUAUGGCGACGAGGAACCGAACGCUGAUAUUCAGGAAAUAUAGGGAUGCGUUGAAGAGUGUUAGAGUUCCGGCGAGUUCGUUGGCGUCGGCGUCAUCGUCGUCGGUGGCGAUGAGCUCCGUCGGAGGACCAGUGAUUGAGAUGGUUAGUACUUCGUUGCUCCAUCCAAAUCGUUCUUAUACUCCUCUAAGUACCGAGGAUCCUGGAAAUUCAAGUAAGGGUGCAAUUACAGUGGGUCUACCGCCGGCUUGGGUAGAUGUGUCUGAAGAAAUAGCAGCAAAUGUGCAACGUGCACGGACAAAAAUGGCCGAGUUAGCCAAGGCUCAUGCAAAGGCUUUAAUGCCUUCAUUUGGUGAUGGUAAAGAAGAUCAACGCAAUAUUGAGGCUCUUACCCUUGAUAUAACUAAUCUGUUGAAAAAAUCAGAAAGGAGAUUACAGAAACUCUCUGCAACUGGACCUUCUGAGGAUUCAAACAUCAGGAAAAAUGUUCAGCGGUCACUUGCCACUGACCUUCAGAACCUAUCAGUAGAGCUCCGGAGGAAACAAUCAACUUAUUUGAAGCGUCUCAGGCAGCAAAAAGAGGGUCAGGAUGGAGUUGAUCUAGAGAUGAAUCUAAAUGGAAAUAGAUAUAAAGCAGAAGAUGAUGACUUGGAUGAUAUGGUAUUUAAUGAGCAUCAGAUGGCAAAGCUGAAACAAAGUGAGGCAUUCACAGUGGAGAGGGAAAGGGAGAUUCAACAGGUUGUGGAGUCAGUAAAUGAGCUUGCUCAGAUUAUGAAAGAUCUGUCAGUUCUUGUGAUUGAUCAGGGUACCAUUGUUGAUCGGAUAGACUACAACAUUCAGAAUGUUGCAACCACAGUUGAAGAAGGUCUCAAACAGCUAGAGAAGGCGGAGAGAACACAGAAACAAGGAGGCAUGGUGAUGUGUGCUACCGUGCUUGUUAUUAUGUGCUUUGUCAUGUUGGUCCUCCUAACCCUCAAGGAGAUACUCUUUUGAUCUGCAAGCGUGGUUUUUCUUGGAUGAUUGCCAUUUUGACGCUUCGGGUGAGCCCAUUAUUUGACAUGUCGAGAGUCAAUAAUUUCCUUGGCCAGCACAAGAAUGUGGGAAUUUUGAAUUUCCCCACAUACUCAUGCCAGUUUAUAUGAUCACGUUUACUUGUUUUCUUUCUCUUCUACUGUUCUUUUCUUGUCGUUUUAAUGUUUUGGAGAAAAAGAUGGGGAAGGGAGGGAAAGGCGGUUGUUUGAGCUGGGUUUCGAGUAUUUGAGUAGCGAAAGAACUCCCCAAUAUUUGUAUAGAGCUUAUAUAAUGUAGAACUGUAUUGAUUCUUUAAAACUCCUUGGGAGUUUUCUAGUUGGUUCCCAUACGAGGAGAUUAGGCUUUUGCCUAUGUUACUUGUACCAAUUCUUUUGAUUUGGAAAAGAAAAUGAAAUAAAUCCACUUUGGUGUAAACUUAUAACGGAUGAGACUCUUGACAUUCUUUGGAAAU